AUGCUUCAUAAUCUUUCUUUAUCAUCGAAUGCAUCAAUGAUUCGUUACGCGUUAGCAUAUAAGAACUUCAAUCCUAACGAAACAUAUCCAGAAGAAGAAAAUGUGGAAUCAAGUUUUGAAUUAACAAAAAAGUAUUGGAAAUAUAAAAUUGAUUCAUAUAAGAAACAAGAUGAAAAGGCGAAAAGAGAUACCAAAAACAAUGUUUCAAUGGAUGAUUUUCAAUACUAUCAUGAUUUAAUCCUUUCAUCUAAAUGCAAAAUGUGUGGUAAAGCGUUUACAUAUGCAAAUAAACCAACAUUGGAUAGAAUCGAUAAUGAAAAACCACAUACCAAAGAAAAUUGUCAGUUAAUGUGUUGUUAUUGCAAUGUCGUAAAAUCAAAUAAAGAUGAAGAUGUUCAACGUUUAAGAAUCAAUUUAAGAAAUUAUGUAUUAAAAAAUAAUUUACCAAUGACUUUAGAUUCAGUUGAAGCUUAUCACAUUCUCCGUAAUGGAAUUACUGGUGGUCUAUCAAAUGUUCAACAUCGUGUUAAUCUUAAAGGAAUCACGCACAUUAAUAAACUUUCAUAUAGUCCAGAAACUAAAACUGUAUCAAAUGAGGACACCACCAACAUUAUGACUCAUUUCGUUGGA